AUGAACUUUUCUGUGAGCCUCCAACCUUUAGCCGAGACUGGCGGCAGACUUGUAAGCGACUCGGACUUCCAGAUAGCUAGCUACCUGUUUCGAGUAGUGAUCAACCCCGUCAGCCUCACCGCCGGCUUCAUUGGCAACAUCCUCAACAUUUUCGUCUUUGUAAAGAUCGGAGUCAGGGACAGUAUGACCGCGUCCUUCCUCGCUUUGUCUGUGACCGAUUUGGCUUACACCUCUGUUUCCAUAGUAACCACAGCCUUGAACGAGGUCGGGUUUUCCCGUUUGCACUGGCCAUUUCCGGUGAUCCCUUUCAUGCUGUCGGGAGCUAUCAGCUGGUACAAGUUUCUGUUCUAUGACGUCACUGUUUACAUCACAACAUACAUCUCUGUGGCCCGUUGUUGCUGCGUGACCAUGCCUCUGAAGUUCAAGGACACGUUCACCGUUCGGCGUACAGUGGUCAUCUUGGCCAUUAUCGCGGUCGGCAACACCGCUCUGAGGGUCCCAGUAUUAGUCUCAUACGGACUGGCGUGGCGCACAAGCCCGUUCUCCAACUCAUCCAUGAUCUUUAUAUGGUACGCUGAUCACUGGUCAUCUGUGCAGGCUCUGCACGACCUGGGAAGCCAGACGAUCCUGAGCAACGCCUGCCUUUUCAUUGUUCUCAUCUGCAUGGUUAUCUUGAUUUUUAAACUCGUGCAGGCUUCGCGGUUUCGGCGUUCCAUGCAAAUAACGCCCGGACAUGGGAGGGAGUGUGUAGAGAACAGCCCCUCGGUUCCGCCUCCUUCUCCUGUCCCCGCCCACAGGAACGGAAUGAAGUCACGUGAUAAUAACAUACGAUCAACUACCCCAACCAUUCUCAACGCAAGAGAACUACAAAUCGUUAAAGCGGUCGUUCUCGUCGCUGGCCUCCUGUUGGUGUCCGUUCUGUACUCGUCUGUACAAGCCCUAGCUAGGCGGCUGGUCCCACAGUUUGACAACGAUGGCAGGUACCGCUGGCUUUUUGCAAUCAGCAACGACGUGAGGAGCUCGCUGUCCUACGUGAACGCCGGCGCGAACCCAUUCAUCUACCUACGGUUCAACGCCAAGUACAGAGCUGUCGUCACUGGAUGGAUACGCCGCGGGUCCCCCAAAGUCUCAAGGAAGUGA